AUGGUCGCCGACGCGCUGUUAAGUGUGGCAGCCACCAGCCCUUCGCAGAUAACAGCUGAUGUCCUCGCCGAGGCUCAGACUACGGACGCCGAACUGCAGCAGCUUCUUAAGGGCGGGUCCUCACUACAGCUGCAGCAAGUCCCCAUACCUGAAUCGACAACGACUAUCUACUGCGACAUAUCAACAGCACCAACCAGGCCUUACGUGCCCCUUUCCCAUCGCCGUGGCCUCUUCAACCAGCUACAUAAUAGCCGUCCCGGCAUACGCGCCUCAACACGCCUCGUGGCCGACCGCUAUGUCUGGCCCUCCAUGCAGCGGGAUUGCCGAACCUGGGCGCGCUCCUGCAUUCAAUGCCAGCGCGCUAAAGUCACCAGGCACGUCAAUUCACCACUCUGCGCAUUCCCCCAGACCUCUGGUCGGUUUCAACUCGACCACCUUGACAUUAUAGGGCCCUUGCCUCCAGCUGGACGCUAUCGCUACUGCCUCACCGCCAUCUAUCGGAAUACUCGAUGGCCUGUGGCAUGGCCCAUCGAGGGAAUCACCGCGGAAGACGUCGCCUCGGCCUUCUUGGCCAGCUGGAUUGCCCGCUUCGGGCCCCCUCGCCGCGUCACCACCGACCAAGGACAGUUCGAAUCGCACCUUUUCCGGCUCCUCGGGCUGACUAUCGGGUUGGAACGCUCGUGGACCACCAGCUACCACCCAUGCGCCAACGGGAUGCUCGAGCGUUUCCACCGACAUUUCAAAGCAGCCAUCGUGUGCCACCCGUACUCAACCUGGCCUGAAGCCAUCCCAGCCGUCACCCUAGGUCCUCGCGCCACCUUCAAGCCCGACAUUCAGGCUACACUCGCAGAGCUUGUCUACAGGGAACCCCUCCGUCUCCCAGGCGAAUUUCUUGCUGCACCGCCAUCCUCCACCGCGAUGUCAGAUCCCACCGAUUUCAUAGCCUGGCUCCGACGUACCAUCGCUGCCCUCCGCCCGUCAUAUGCAGCUCACCACUGUAAGACCGCCCCCUUCGUCUUCAAGGAUUUGGCAACGUGCUCGCACACUUGUCUCCGCGACGACUCCGUCCUCCGGCCUUUACAGCCACCUUACAGCAAACCCUACCCAGUUCUCCGUCGCGACGGCAAAACCUUCACCUUGCACAUUAACGGGGAUGCCGUCCGCGUCCCUAUCGGCCGGUUGAAGCCGGCCUACACCGAUUCCGCCCAACCAGGCAAUACCAGUGCACCCACAGACGUCCAUCCACGACCGCCGACAUCGCAGCCUGCUUCUGUCACUACAUGCACUGGGCGUCGGGUACGCUGCCCAGAUUUUUACAAGCCCUGA